UAUACAGAAGUCUGAGAUUAUUGAAUAGAUCGGCGCUAAUUUUACAAUGCUUGGAGAUGAUGAUUGUAGUGAUGAGGCAUUGGAGAAGGAUGUACUAUACGACGAGAAUGCCAAAAAUUCCAACAGUUCAAUGGAAUUUUAGUGCUUCUUAAAAUAACAUGUCAUGAUGCCCUUUUUACGUUUAUGUUGUCAGAAAAAAAUCGAAUAUAAAAUCCCAAGAAGUUGUCUUAACGUUUGGAGGCGCAAGACGCAUUGCACCAUACACCGCGGAAAAAGUUGAAGGCGACGUUCAGUUGGAUUGUUGAAGUUCUAGUUACGUGGUAAGUAAAAUCUGGGCUCAGCGAGCAGGUAGAUGGGACCUUCUUGACAAGGAUGCCACUUAUUUGAGUAAUAACUGCAGGCUCUGUACCUUCCAUUUUCAUGAUCGAAUGUAUACAUCUACUGAGAGGAAGAGGCUUGUACAGAUUGCAGUUCCAGAGAUCUUUGUUCUGCCAACAGGCGAAAUAAAAAUUUACUGGGAUAAUGAUGCAAUGUUUUUAAUUAAAGCACCUGAUAUAGCCUCUCAGUUGGAGAUGUUUGAUGAGAUACGGAAAGAACUUAAUUUGGAGGAAUAUCUUACAACUGGCAACAUGAAACCUGGAGUGUCUGUUACACAAGGAAAAGUUGAAGAAGAUGAAGAAAUAAAUAUAAACUACAAAGAAGAAAUAAAGGCAUGGAAUAGAACCUUACAAGAGUUAAGUGAAAUGGCUAGUAGGUACUGCAGAUUGUGUGCACAGGCAUCUGACAAUUUAGUUCCUGUAUUCAGUGAGCGAGGGCUUGAACUUAAACUGGAAGAGAAAAUUCACACACACCUUCCAAUUAUGGUGACACCAGAUGACUUGAUGCCUGUCAGUUUAUGUAUGUCAUGUAUUUCAAAACUGGAAGUUUGCCAUCAGUUGGUUAAUUGCUGUUUGGAAGCAGAUAGCAACCUAAGGACAAUGUUAAAGUUCUCCGAAAUAUUUGAAGAUGAGUCUCAAGAUUAUGAUGAAAAUGGCCAUGGUGGCGGUCUUCAAGUGGACGAUCAAACUCCCAGUGAAAAUGCAGAUAUUGAAAUGGAAAAUCAAGAUAGUGAUAGUCAGAAUCCCGAUCACAAUUCGAAUGUGGCAUAUGAAGAUGGAGAACAUUAUGGUGCUCAUGUUGUAUCUCAGUCACCAAGUGAUGACCAAAUGGAUUCUGCUAGUUGUAAUGAUCCAUCAGUGUGCAAAAUGGAAGUUAUUGAAACAGAUAUUGCUAACCAGGCACAUCAUGGUGAAGUAAUAGAACAAAUUAUUGAAGAAAAUGAUGGUUCUGAUGGAAAUGAGGACCUGACAGGCGAUAAAGAAGAAUAUAUGGAGCAGGGUGAACAAGAGGAAAAUAAGUGGCCGAUAAGUAUAAAACUGGAUCAGAACUUCUCUACACUUGACAUAUCCAAGCUGAAAGGAGAAGUGACGCUGCCUGUUAGCAAGGCUCUUAAUCUGUUUGGAGAUGAAAAUUUCAAGGUUUCAAAUAAACCAAAGUAUAAGGUGGUGGUUGUCAAAUUAAAAACGUCACCAGAUGUAUCCCAGGAUCUACAGAUAUCUAAAGCAUUGCAGUUGCUGAAGACCGAUGCGAAUGAAGCUGAAGCAACAGAGAAUGCUGAGGGUGUGCAAGAGUUUCGUUUAGCAGAACAAGAGAGAUCUCAGUCCGAACAAUUCCCCUUUGAAUGUUCUACUUGUGGAAAAACAUUCCAGAAGAUAGGAGAGAUGGCACAACAUUCUGCCAUUCAUGAAAAUGUACGUCAACAUAAAUGUCAGUUGUGCGGCAAAAGGUUCAAUCGGCGAGGGAAUAUGCUUGUGCAUCUAAGAAGACACCAGACAGCCAAUAACUUCACAUGUAAAAUAUGCAUGGAGACAUUUGAUACUUUUGGUGAGAUGCUGUCUCACCGUAAAACGCAUAGCAAAGAAGAGAUAGAGCGUGCUGCUAUCCUGAGAACAACCACAGGACAAGCAAGUGAAAUAAAGUGUGAAAUAUGUGGCAAGGUGCUGUCAACAAAAAUAUCAUUGCGUUACCACAUGAUGACACAUUCAGGCGAAAAGCCCUAUGAAUGCGAUUUCUGCCAUAAGAAGUUCACUAUGAAGACAACUUUGGCUUAUCACCGACGCACUCACACUGGUGAGAAACCAUAUCAGUGCCGUUUCUGUGACGAUGCAUUCCAGUCGAAGCAAGGACUUGUUAUUCACGAGCGGCUGCACACUGGAGAGAAGCCAUUUCCUUGUGAACAUUGUCCAAUGGCUUUCCGUUCCCGAGUUAAUCUUAAUCAGCACUUGGUUGUCCAUUCAGAAGAAAGGCCCUUUACUUGCCCAUAUUGCAACAGAGGUUUUCGUCGCCGUGACACCCUUGAUGUUCAUGUGCGCACACACACAGGGGAACGACCUUAUGGCUGUCAAGUGUGUGGCAGGCGUUUUAAGCAGAAGGGUGACUGCAAUAAGCAUCAGAAAUCACAUUUUAAGGACUCUGAUGUUCCAAUAGAUGUGCCAGUGAAAAGUGGGAGAGGAGCGCACAGUAGUCGUGCAGAUCAAGCAAAAAUGAUAAUUCCAGGUGCAGCUGCAAGUACUGUUUCUCAGCAAUCUAUACAAGAGGAUACAGCACCAGCUGAAAGCUAUGCUUGUGCUUUAUGUGGAGUAGUCUUUGAUAACAAGUUUGAAACAGAACAGCACUUUGAAUCAUUCCAUUCUGUUGGGGAGGGAGCACCAGAAACAAUUAUCAUUAGCACAGACAAUAUUGUAGCCCCCGAAAAUGGGAUUGUGUUGUCAGAAAUAGCCAUAGUUGGAAAUGAACAGGAUAACAUUAUACUCCCUGACUAUGCCACUGAAGCAGAUAACAACAGUCAGUAAUAACAAGCUGUCCAGUAAGUUAUUAGUUUGUGAGUGUGCAGUGUUAUGUACACUAUUACUCCGUCAUUGUCCCAGUAUUUUGUCAAUGAAAAUGGAUUAUUUUAAAGAUGCAAUUUUAGAUUUAUGUAGUUUUUGUGUGUUCUGUUAUUAAUCAGAAUAGAUUUUAAGUUGCAAUGAGUACAAUAGUAAUUUUUCAGCAAUUCCUGUUUUAAGGAAUUAUGUACAAUUGUAAAUACAAUGCAUUGUUUUUAAUGGAGUUCUAGAAAACUGUGCACAAACUGUCGAGUAUAUUUUGGCCCGAGGCAAUGGACCUGAAUGACCACUUACUACAUUUUUUGUUUAUUAUACAGUUGAUUUGUAAAAAGAUACAAUUUAAUGUUUAUAUACUGAAUAUGUCAUAGUACAAUCAAAACAGUUCAACUUUGUGAUGUGACAGAUUUUAAUUGUAUGUAGUUUAUAGAAACAGGAAUGGAUGUCAAGUCUUAGGCUUGGCAAGCAUAUCAGAAAUAUCUCUUUCUGUUUCAAAAGAAGAAGGCUCCGGUCAUUGAUGUGUCAUGCAAGAGAGUAAAUGGAUGAAAGAGCAUAUUUUUGGAUUAUAAAAGUUCUCCUUGAUUUGUGCAGAAUUCAGUGGUUGCCUUAAGCACUCUUCACUUUCUUACUCUAUAUGAAUAUGUAUGUACAUAUUUUAUAUCAUUGUUCAACAUUUUGUCAGGAAAAAAUUAAUAAACAAAGU